CGGGAGGCUGGAGUGCGGGGACCGGGGCGCCCGCACAUGCGCCUUGGGGGAAGAUGGCACCUGCCGGUUGCCGCUGCUGCUGCUGCUGCUGCUGGGGCGGCGCUGUGCCCGCCGCCGGCGCUGCCCGGCGCCUCUUGGUGCUGCUGCUGCUGCUGGGGGCCCUGCCCGCCGAGCUGCACCCGGGGGCUCUGGCCACCGAGUACUACUCGCCGCUGGCCCUGCUCAAGCAGGAGCUGCAGCACCGGCAGCAGCAGGAGGCCCCGGCGGGUGGCGGCGGCUGCAACCCACAGUCUGGAGACUGGGGGAACCAGUACUCGGCCGAGUGCGAGUCUUCCUUUUUGAACUUCCACGAUUCAGACUGCGAGCCCAAAGGAUCACCAGCUUGUGACUCUUUGCUUUCCCUCAACACAGAAAAGAUUCUGAGCCAGGCCAAGUCUAUUGCAGAACAAAAGAGAUUCCCAUUUGCUACUGAUAAUGACAGCACAAAUGAGGAGUUAGCUAUUGCUUAUGUGUUGAUUGGCAGUGGUCUCUAUGAUGAAGCAAUAAGGCAUUUUUCAACAAUGCUUCAGGAGGAGCCUGAUCUGGUUAGUGCAAUUUAUGGCCGAGGGAUAGCCUAUGGAAAGAAGGGACUACAUGACAUUAAGAAUGCUGAACUUGCUCUGUUUGAAUUGAGCCGAGUAAUUACCUUGGAACCAGAUCGUCCAGAGGUAUUUGAGCAGCGAGCAGAAAUUCUGUCCCCUCUGGGUCGAAUCAACGAAGCAGUGAGUGACCUCACUAAAGCUAUCCAGCUCCAGCCUUCAGCACGGCUGUACAGGCACCGGGGGACCCUAUACUUCAUAUCAGAGGACUAUGCAACAGCCCAUGAAGACUUUCAGCAGUCCUUAGAACUGAACAAAAAUCAGCCUAUAGCUAUGCUAUACAAAGGUUUAACUUUCUUUCACAGAGGACUUUUGAAGGAAGCUAUUGAAUCCUUCAAAGAGGCUUUGAAGCAGAAAGUUGACUUUAUUGAUGCGUAUAAAAGUCUGGGGCAGGCCUAUAGACUCAUUUACAGACGGUGUCUGCAGCUAGAGCCGUAUAAUGAAGUAUGCCAGUAUAUGAAAGGACUCAGCCAUGUUGCAAUGGGACAGUUUUAUGAAGGGAUAAAAGCACAAACUAAAGUUAUGCUAAAUGAUCCUCUCCCAGGUCAGAAGGCUAGCCCUGAGUAUCUUAAAGUGAAAUAUCUCCGAGAGUAUUCUCGAUAUCUUCAUGCACACCUUGAUACCCCCCUUACGGAAUAUAACAUCGAUGUGGAUCUACCUGGAAGCUUCAAGGACCAUUGGGCUAAAAAUCUGCCCUUCCUCAUAGAAGACUAUGAAGAACAACCAGGAUUGCAACCUCACAUAAGAGAUGUGUUACAUCAGAAUUUUGAGAGUUAUAAGCCUGAGGUACAAGAACUGAUUUGUGUAGCGGAUCGUUUGGGAUCACUAAUGCAAUACGAAACACCUGGUUUCCUGCCAAACAAGAGAAUACACAGAGCCAUGGGCUUGGCAGCACUGGAAGUCAUGCAGGCUGUACAGCGCACCUGGACCAACUCAAAGGUGCGAAUGAAUGGGAAAACGCGGCUGAUGCAAUGGAGAGACAUGUUUGACAUUGCAGUUAAAUGGAGAAGGAUUGCUGAUCCUGACCAGCCUGUGCUGUGGUUAGAUCAAAUGCCAGCACGAAGUCUCAGCAGAGGUUUUAAUAACCACAUCAAUUUAAUCAGGGGUCAGGUGAUUAACAUGAGAUACCUGGAAUAUUUUGAGAAAAUACUUCAUUUUAUUAAAGAUAGAAUUCUUGUUUAUCAUGGAGCUAAUAAUCCUAAAGGAUUGUUAGAGGUUAGAGAAGCUCUGGAAAAGGUACACAAAGUAGAAGACCUUCUUCCAAUUAUGAAGCAGUUUAAUACUAAAACGAAGGAUGGGUUCACUGUGAACACAAAAGUCCCCAGCCUCAAAGAUCCAGGGAAGGAAUAUGAUGGAUUCACAAUCACUAUUACAGGAGACAAAGUUGGUAAUAUACUGUUUUCUGUGGAAACACAAACCACAGAAGAAAGAACACAAUUAUAUCAUGCUGAAAUAGAUGCACUUUAUAAAGAUCUGACAGCAAAAGGGAAGGUAUUGAUUCUCUCAUCAGAAUUUGGGGAGGCUGAUGCUGUUUGUAACUUAAUCUUAUCCUUAGUUUAUUACUUUUAUAAUUUAAUGCCACUCUCUCGAGGAUCCAGUGUAAUAGCUUAUUCGGUGAUAGUGGGAGCAUUAAUGGCAAGUGGAAAAGAAGUAGCAGGAAAAAUUCCGAAAGGGAAGUUAGUUGACUUUGAAGCUAUGACAGCCCCUGGUUCAGAGGCCUUUAGCAAAAUAGCUAAAAGCUGGAUGAAUUUGAAAAGUAUUUCUCCUUCUUAUAAGACUCUACCAUCAGUAUCAGAGACGUUUCCAAUGUUAAGAUCAAUGAUUGAGGUGCUAAACACAGACUCUUCUCCACGUUGUCUUGAGAAACUCUAGUUACUCUAUAGUAUUUAUACAAGUAAAGGGCCGGGACCUCUUGCUUCUUAAGUUAUUUUUUAAAAACAUGGAAUUAUACAGAAAUUAGGUCCUUUAUUACUUUUGAUACCAAUUUUUGAUAGGAGUUGAAUACUUGAAAUCAUUUUCUUUACUUUUCUGAACCAUAACAAAAAUCAUGAAAGAAGGUUUUUAAGGGGUGAAGAAAGCUAUAUGUAUGGGAGGAAAAGUAAACGUACUGGCCAGUGGCCUGCUGGUUUCCACUUGUAAAAGUCAUAGGACUAUUUCCUUACAGCAAAAAAAAGUUUACUUCAAAGACCAAAAAAUUAAUAAUUAAAAUAAACAGAACCAACAACAAAACAAGAGUAUUCUCAUUCCUUUAAAGAUGUGGAUAUUCUUUCAAAGACUUUCAUUUUAUGCACUUUGUGAGAGUGUCUUUUUUCAGCUCAUGUAUGUGGUCUCUGUUUUGUUUGACUGUGAAAGAUUUGGGGGCCAUUGAUGACUCACACAGCCAGGAACACUUACUGUUUGUGACAUAGACAGUAUUUGCCAAUGACCAAACACUGAAUUAUUGGAUUGUGUGUUUUUUUCUUUAUUGGGGGGAAAAAAAAAAAGGGUGAUUUCUAUAAAUCACCAGUUUU